AUGGAUAUUCACUGUAGAAAUCAAGAGUUUCUUCAGCACCAUCCAAAGUUGAAAUUUCUUGGCUUGUCACUGACCCGGGCAUGCCAGUUUAAUGUGUUUUCUUCUGCAAAAUGCUUAAAUUCACAAGGCAAUUUUAUUGUUGUUACUGGUGAAGCUAAUGAAGUUCAGAUUUUGGAAGCAUUGCGUCGAUAUAUAUCCCGAUCACAAUAUGUCCAGAAAUCAUUAUAUACAUUAUUUAGUUUGACACAAAACCUAGUUAAGCCUCGUCAAGAUAUAAUAAAGCAUGUGUUACCAGGAAUGAAAUCCCAUCCAAAACAGUUGGGUGUACAGAUGGCUGCCACUGCUUGUUUAUACAACCUUACCAAAGGAGAAGUCAGCCAAAAAAUUCACCCUGCAUGUUUACGAAAAGUAGUUGAACUAACAUUAUUGUCAAUGGAAAAUUUUCCUAAACAUCAACAGUUACAAAAGAAUGCAUUGUUAACUCUCUGCAGUGACCGAAUUUUACAAGAUGUUGGUUUUGAUCGUUUCCGUUGUGCAGAGCUUGUAAUGGAAUGUUUAUGUUCUUUUGAGGAUUCUUCCAUGAAUAGAAUGUCAGUGGCAAUUUGCUCUAUCCUUGCUGCAAAGAUCUCAACAGAAGAAACCUCCAAACUUGGUGGUACUCACCUGUACAUGCAGAAAAUGCUGGGACUGGUGCGCAUGAAGAUGGAGCAACCUGUUAUUGACAUUACCUUGAAGUUCACUCUUAGUGCUCUCUGGAAUCUCACUGAUGAGUCUCCUGCUACAUGUAACGUUUUUCUUAGUGAAGGAGGUCUUGAACUUUUCAUGAGAGCUCUUGAGGUUGUCAAAUCAUUGCAACCUGAUGUUAGAGUACAAGUAGAAACCAAAAUACUUGGUCUUUUGAAUAAUAUUGCAGAAGUUAAAAAACUUCGCUAUGCAUUAAUGGGAGAAGAUUUCAUUCUACUAGUCAGGCGUCUACUCCAAGCCGAACAGAUUGAUGUCAGUUAUUUUGCAGCAGGGAUAUUUGCUCAUCUUGCUAGUGAUGCCAAUGAGCAUUGGAUGAGUUCAAGUUUAACUAGAGAAGAUGUUCUUGCGGAGUUGAAAAAUGUUGUUAUGAAAUGGGAACAGCCCCAAACAGAAAUGGUUGCUUACAGGUCUUUCAGACCGUUUUUCCCACUGUUACAAUGUUAUGAAGCUCCUGCUGUUCAACUGUGGGCUUGUUGGGCUAUUCAACAUGUCUGUACAAAAAAUGGUAACCGUUAUUGUCCAAUGUUACAUAAAGAGAAGGGCUCUGAUAUCUUGUAUGAGCUGGUCUACAACAAGGAUACUGAGCCAGAGGUGGUUGAGCUUGCUGAAAAUGUCUUAGAACUUAUGAAACCUCAUAUACAAAACUCUACCUGUCAAUAUUAA